AUGUUCGCAUUUGAGAGAGAGCUCGGGAUUUGGAAGAGGUUGCGACAUCAUAAUAUCUUGAAGUUCAUGGGUACUACUAGAGGCUUUGGCUCCUCUGUAGCACUGGUUGCUCCGUGGAUAGCCAAUGACACUCUGACGUCGUUCCUCAACGACAACAAUACGCUCACGCUGCGUGAUCGUCUGCUUCUGGUGAGAACUUCAAGAACUUUCCCGACGUACUUUAAUACAGUUACCCACGGAGAACUCACUGGUAGCAAUGUCCUCAUCGGUAGUGAUAGAACUGCAUAUCUUGCAGACUUUGGCCUUUCGGGAACUCUAACACCAUUGCUUGGCGUGACGUCCCUCGCGAAGAUGAGCUGUCAUCCAGGAGCAAUGAGAUGGGCAGCUCCCGAGCUUCUUUCAGUGGAAGAAUCAGGUUCUGCAAUCACCACUCAGAGCGAUAUAUAUUCCUUUGGUAGUAUCAUGCUUCAAGUCUUGACUGGAAAUGUUCCCUGGCGUCACUUGAAAAAUGAUUUUGCAAUCUGGUCGAAAGUGACUGUAGGGGAAAUACAUCCUCGUCCCGAUUGUGUCACUGACCGUCACUGGAAUUUUAUGACCCGUUGCUGGUCUAUGACACCCACCGAUCGGCCUUCUGCCAGGGAAGCACUUCAAUUUGUUGAUUGCGAGCUCAGUCGUUAG